GAAUUUCCGGGUCUGUAGUUCCAUAGAGAAGGUAACUGUCGGUCAUUGUGAGGGGACAACAUCACGACUGGCCGGUCUCCGCGCAAGGUAUAACAUUUCAGGGACGUCGGACCAAAUAUUUUCACUGUACAGUUGAGGGAUUCUAGACAUUGUCAACUCGGGGGGGAUUUUCUCUUUCUUAAGCUUCCCGUCUGACACACCUCAAACCUCUUUUGACCUAUACAACAUUAAAAAAUAGACUUCGUAGUUCGUUGAGCACUCUUCCAGGGAUCAGUAUGGGUCUCCAGUCAGACUAUUCCCUCCAGUCUAUCCUCUUAUUUCCGAUCCACCUUUUGGUAUGGCUGUACUCCACCCUGUCCUUCCUGCCCUGGUACUACAUCACUGGUGCCGGGGAAAGAAAAGCACUGUCCAAGCGCAUAAAGGCCCGGUCCACUACAGGCCGCCCAGAGGGCCCAUACCGCUCUGUCGACCACUUUGAUUCCUUGGCCACGGAGGACAUCCCGGGGAAGGACACACUGGAUAAGCUGUUUAAGCAUGCCGUGCAGCGCUUUGGACAGGCAGAUUGUCUCGGCACCAGGGACAUACUGAGUCGAGAGAAUGAGAUUCAACCCAGCGGUAAAGUAUUCAAAAAACUGAUCUUGGGGGAGUAUAGGUGGCUCUCCUACCGGGAAGUGGACACUGCAGUCAGUGAGUUUGGCAGUGGACUGGCAGCUCUGGGGCAGAAGCCCAAAACUAGUAUUGCAAUCUUUUGUGAAACCAGAGCAGAGUGGAUGAUCACGGCCCAGGCAUGCUUCAGGCACAACUUCCCAUUGGUGACAUUCUAUGCCACGCUUGGAGAAGAUGCUAUCGCAUUUGGACUGAACGAGACUGGAGUUACACAUCUAGUUACCAGUGUGGAACUGCUUGAGACUAAACUGAAAAAUGUGCUUCCACAGAUCCCGAAACUGAAGCAUGUGAUCUACGUGGACCAGGAGAAAAUUAGCCCAGAAGGCUACCCGGCUGGACUGUCCACCCACAGCAUGCAGGCCGUACGAGAGCUGGGCGCGCUGCCUGAGAACAUGGGGGGGGCCAUUGUGACGCCCCAGCCCUCUGAUCUGGCCGUGGUGAUGUACACCAGCGGCUCCACAGGCAGACCCAAAGGCGUCAUGAUUGUCCACAGUAACAUAACCGCCGGAAUGACGGGCCAGUGCCAACGCAUCCCUGGACUCGGGCAGAACGACACUUACAUCGGCUAUCUGCCCCUGGCCCAUGUUCUGGAAAUGACUGCUGAAAUCUCAUGUGUCACAUAUGGCUGUCGGAUCGGCUACUCUUCCCCCCAGACCCUUUCAGACCAGUCCACUAAGAUAAAGAGAGGAAGUAAAGGAGACUGCUCUGUGCUCAAGCCCACCCUGAUGGCAGCUGUGCCAGAAAUUCUGGAUCGCAUCAACAAGAAUGUGAUGAGCAAAGUUCAGGAAAUGAGCUUCAUUCAGAAGACGCUGUUUACACUGGGCUACAAAUAUAAACUGGAGCAGAUCAAGAGGGGCUAUGACGCACCGCUCUGCAAUGCCCUGUUAUUCCAGAAGGUGAAGAAACUUCUGGGAGGACGGGUGAGGAUGAUGUUGUCCGGAGGAGCCCCCCUGUCCUCGGCCACUCAGAGAUUCAUGAAUGUAUGUUUCUGUUGUCCAGUGGGUCAGGGCUACGGCCUCACUGAAACCUGUGGAGCAGGCACCAUCACAGAGGUGAAAACCCUGACAGGGUAAUUAUAUUGCAUUAAAGUACUUUGUCUCUCAGGUGGCUACACCAGCAAAGACAAGCCCAACCCAAGAGGGGAGAUCCUGAUUGGCGGUCCCAAUGUAACCAUGGGUUACUACAGGAAUGAAAGCAACGAUCAGGACUUUUUUGUGGAUGAAAAGGGUCAGCGAUGGUUCUGCACCGGAGAUGUUGGAGAGGUUUACCCAGAUGGCUGUCUACAGAUAGUGGACCGCAAGAAAGACCUGGUCAAACUGCAGGCUGGAGAGUAUGUGUCUCUUGGGAAAGUCGAGUCGGCUCUGAAAAACUGCUCCAUCAUAGACAACAUCUGCGCUUACGCAAACAGUGAACAGAACUACGUGAUCAGCUUUGUGGUUCCCAACCAGAAAAGGAUGACCCAACUGGCCAAUCAGAGCGGCAUAGUGGGGGAAUGGGAGGAGCUCUGCACUCACCCCGACAUGGAAAGAGAGGUCCUCAACGAGAUCAAGAAAGUUGCUGCUAACAAUAAACUCCAGCAAUUUGAGAUUCCAGUGAAGGUACAUCUGAGUCCUGAGCCGUGGACCCCCGAGACAGGUCUGGUCACGGAUGCCUUCAAGCUGAAGAGGAAAGAGCUGAAGAACCAUUAUCUCCACCACAUAGAGCGAAUGUAUGGGGGCAAAUAACUUUGCUCUCCAUCAUCCUUAACUGUAUCCAGAACCACUGUAAAAAAAAAAAAUGGUACCCAAUGGGUUUUAUAAUGCCGUGUGUGUACCGCAGGCGUCCAAAUGAAGAUGUCUUAAAGAGAAAAGCUGAAGCUGUUGAUAGUUUUAGUUGUUAGUCCACGUGUGCUGCUUUCUAUUCUCGUGUGUAGUUUUGAUUGUUAGAGAAAUGCACAAGUGGCCACUCUUAUUUCAUAAAAAGGGUCCUAGAACAUUACAGCAUUCAAAUGCCAUUUACUUUAAUCUGCUGACACUUCGUUUGUAGCUGAUCAAAAACUACCACUGUCCUCCAUAUGUUGCCAAUGCUCUGCUUUACUUCCAUUAAAAAUUGUAACUGUAAUCAUCACAGUACUGAUAUUACUGUCUUUCAGUCUACAGUACUUUCUGUCAAGCAGAAGUAGGUGACCUAUAAAUAAAUAAUGGCUUAACUGCCAUGUUGUGUUUACUUGAGGAAAGAUAUUCCCACGCAGACACACUGACAUGUCUGCUAAACCAGAUUCCUUUUCUUCAAUGUUUUAUGAUUUUGUUAUGGUGUCAAUUUAUUCAGAACGUAAGACCAAAAUGUGCGAAUAUAAAUGACUCAGGAAGAUAAGUAAAUGUUUUAAUAUAUAAAAUUGUAAAAUAGUUGGUUGCUUGUAUAAAACCCUUUUGUCAAAAUUCUUGUUGGCACCUUAUUUAUUUAAGAGCAAGCAUGCCCAACUAUCAACCUGCUAAAAUGCUUAUUAGCAUAAUGCUUACCAGCAUUAGCAAAUCUGAAAUGGCAGUAAUGCUGUGUGUAAUAUACCUCAGUUAACGGGUUAAUGUACAAUUUGGUAUCUUAAGGUUAUUUGAGUUGGAGUCUGUUUGUUUUAAAGGAAGAGGUUUUUUUAAUAUAUUUUUUCAAGUGUUGUGUUAAUGGAUUUGCAUCGUUAAAACUCUCCAGUCGCUUUCCAGUUGGUUGUUUGGUGAUCCUAUUUGUAUUUAUUAUCAUGCACCAUUAUGAUCACAUGCCUUGUUCAACAUUUAUAGAAUAAACUGUUUUUUGUA